AUGAAUUAUCUGCUCGGAGAUGGCGCACAGUUCUUCGACCCUCAAGUCGCUGCUGACUUUGGCGAGCUACCCCCCAAGCCCGCCCUCAGGCAGAAGGUCAAGGGGAGAGGCAGCCGGGUGAGAUAUGGAGAAAAGGAUUUUGAGUUAUCCGCCGACACCGACAACUCGCCCAGGCCGAGAAAGAAGCCGCGCCACUCAGACCCAGAUAACUCAUCAACACCGAUUAAGACUUCUCAACCGCAACUUCCUCCUACACCGUUUUCUGGCCCUGACCCGGCGAGGAAUGCCAAUGGCGCUGAUGCCAUCACCAAGCCUGUGGAGAAUGAUCUCAACGGCGGUGCAGCAUCCAGGUCGGCGCAGUAUUACCAAGGGGUUGCCUCUUCAAACUCCCCAUCACAACUGCCCCAAGUAAACCAACGCCGAGGCUCCUGGCAUAGCUGCUCAUCUUCAGAUGGACCUCGACCCGGUGAUGGGUUUAACCCCAAGAAACGCGCUUUCUAUGAAUCUACUGGCCCAGGAGCUGAUUGGUCUGAUUCUUCUGACUCCUCGGAUUACGGAGAUGGCAACCUGCAGAACCCGAUGCUAGAUUGGCGAAGAGAGUUGCAGUACAUCUAUCACAUGCUGAACAAUCCGGGGAAGUACGCCUACAUUACCGACACCUGGAAGGGUGCUUUCAGAAACUAUCCACUGGCAGACUCUUUCUGGUACCGUAGGACCAGAGAGGCAAGUACCGUACCGCGCAUCUAUGAGCGCACUCCUGGGCAAGAAUUUCGGGGAUCCAAAGUGUUCAUCAAAUUAGCUGAGCUCCCGUCUCGAGUGCGAGACAUAAAGGUGAGCGAGCAUGAUGCCACAGGGGUGCCGAACAGGGAGGACGAAGAAGAUAGCACCGAUGAACUGAGCGCCCCCGCUCCGCACCGUAGUGUUCCGCGCGGUCAGGCAGAAGAGCGCGCCAGACAUGCCAUGUCGGGCAACAGCUACGCCAAGAAGAUCAAGCCGUGUUUGACAGAUGCUAUCAAAUGGGCAUGGGCCGAUGGCAAACUCACCCAGUACGGCAAGGCGCUGCCGUCGAACAUCAUCGUCUUCGAGGUGACUGAGAAGGACAGUAAAAAGGACGCGAAACGCCAAAUCAGGCGUCGUAUGGAUGAGUUUGCAGCCCGAUGGAGAUCCCGGAUGGAACCAUAUGUCAAGCAGAAAGAGGAGGGAACCAUUGACAAUGUCCCCGAAGCGCCUAUCUUGUAUGGCUUUGCCAUAGUAGAGCACAACCUGUACCUGGUACAUAUCGACCCUUGCAAGCCGUGCCAGCGCGCGUUCUUCCAAGAGUAUUUCAACAUGGAGACCGACAAUCAACGACAGUGGUAUACCAUCAUGAUAAUGCUUGUCAUCUGCUGGGCUCGAGACAAGCUCAUUCUCACGGCCACUGAGAUGGGCCUAGAAGCGGUGCCGGAAGAAGUGGCCAGCGACCCUGAUGCCUAA